AUGCAUCCUGCUAGAAUCUUUCAAAACUAUCCCAUAGCGACCACAGAGCAGCCCCCAGAAGUUACAACAAAAUCACGCUAUGAUCAAGGUUUGGAAGACUAUGAUGAAGCAGCAGCCAAUGCAAGGCAAGGUAGAGUAAUGAUGGAUGUUGUUCAAGAUUUUGUGCAUGAUAAUCAUCAUGAUCACGAAAUCAUUGUUGAUCACCCUCCAACAAUGAAAGAAGAAACUAAGCAAGCUAUUGACAGUUGGUCUAGUUACUAUGAAUUUAUUAUUACUGAAGGAUCUUUCAAAUUUUGGGCAGCUUUUCAGUUAUUUACGGCGCUUUUACUAAUUUAUUCGUCACUUGCUGCUGCCUACUAUGCAAAGUUCAACAUAAUUACCACAGACUAUGACUAUUACGAUGAUUUUUUCGGAAGAUCGAACAAUGCUGCACAAUCAACUAAUCUUUGGUCAGGUUUGACAUCAUCAACCAUUCAAAGGAUAUUUGAUGCGAUCUCUUCAAAAAAAUAUACAUAG